AUGCGUGGCAACGAAGUAGAUGUACUAUCAAGUGAGACGUCUAAGAAGUCGACUUCUGAAUAUGAUGCCAUGUACCAUGUCCGCCUCAUCCAUGAGUGGUCACCCGCGAAAAUGUCUCCAUCAUUAGAUAUCUCAGCCGUCUCUUCGUUUUAUGGUCUGCAACUUGAGCUUCAUGGCAGCCAUAAUGACCAACAAGACUCAAAGCUACUACAAAAUGAUACUCAAAGCGUUUCAACUUCAAUUUCUGUUUUGCUGAACUUUGAGUUGCCACCAUCAUCAACACUGCUCGAGUCAUUGGAAAAGAUGACAGGGCCCUUUGACGUAAUUGUUCGGUCGAAAAUUCCUAUUAGCAACGUCAAUGAAGAUGUUCAAGCCGCUAUUCAACAAAUGUCAAUCGUGCAAAUCGAAAAUAUUUUGGUUGGAAUUAAUGGGGAUCAUCUUUUUGAUGAUCCAAAAGCCACUGGUGCAGAUAUUUAUCGCCGUCUAGUGAUUGUAGCGUCUAGAGCAUCUUUGGCCUCGCCAUUUGAGCUUACAAUGCGUCGACAUGAUUUGGCUCUUAUAUCGUCCAAAAUUGUUCCGUUUGCGCAACGAAAAGAUGUGCAGGAAGCUCAGAUGGCACAGUUAGCAAAACUUGCUGCUCAAGAUGCAGCUCUGCCAAGCGCUAUUCGUUUUAAAAAACUAUUUUUGAUUCAACAAUUAGAUUACGAGCGUGAACAUUAUCUCGUACCACAUGUGGGUUUACCACUUCAGAAACUACAUGCUUCUCUCAUGGAUACGUGUCAGUGGCAGAUUUAUGAAUUUAGUAAAACCUCGUGGUAUUUUCACGCCCCAACAUUGCGACUUUGCGCUGAACAUCCAUUUCGAUCUCACCCUGAGGCCCAAGAGCUCAUUCGCCGGGUCCAAGAGCAAUUUCAGCUAGCCGUUCGAAAACUUCAACGUAAAACUCGAUCGCAUCAACGUCGUAAGCGAUUUUUAUCGAUCAUGCAAUCCGAGAAACGUCAACUUGAAACGAAGCAAAGUGAGCAGAAAUUGCACAGUGUAGUGCUGCGAAUUCAGCGUCGCUUUCGUGCUUUUCGGUGUCGAAAGCAGAUUUUUGCUAUUAUUCAAGAUGGUAAAAGACGAAAGGAAGAACAACAGCAACAACAAAAUGAGGAACGAGAGGCAGAAAAGCGGCAGCUUGAGCAAAUGGAAUUGGAACAACAGCGAAUGAAGCAAGAGGAAGAAAUGCGAAAGCUAGAGCAGAUUCAAAUGGAGCAGCAGGAGCGAGAGGAGAAAAAGCAGCAGCUGGAAACGAUUAAAUUGGAUCAGCAACGAUUGCAGCAAGAGCGAGAAGAGGAGAUUCGGCAACUAGAAAAGAUUAAAUUGGAACAGCAUCGAUUGCAGCAGGAGCGAGAAGAGGAAAAGCGGAAGAUAGAGCAGUUUCAGAUGGAGCAGCAAGAGCGAGAUGAGAAGAAGCAGCAGAUGGAAAAGGUUGAAAUGGAGCUGCAGCGAUUGCAGCAGGAGAGAGAGGAGGAUAGGCAGGAGCUUAAGAAGAUGAAGCUGGAGCAGCUGCGAUUACAACAGGAGGAAGAUGAGGAAAAGCAGCAGCUGGAUAAAAUCAAAGUGGAGCAGCAACAACUACAGGAAGAGAGAGGGGUGGAAAUGCAGCAGCUAGAGAAGAUUAAGCUGGAGCAGCAACGACUGCAACAACGAUUGCAGCAAGAGCGGAAGAAGGACAUUUGGCAGCUAGAUCAGAUUAAAUUGGAGCAGCAGCGUUUGCAGCAGGAGCGAGAGGAGGAAAAGCAGCGACUAGAGGAAAUAAAACAGUGGCAGCAGCGUUUGCAGCAGCGUUUGCAGCAGGAGAGAGAUGAGGAAAAGCAGCAGCUAGAUCAGAUUAAAGUGGAGCAGCAACGAUUGCAUCAAGGGAGAGAUGAGGAAAAGCAGCAGCUAGAGCAGAUUAAGGUGGAGCAGCAACGAUUGCAACAAGGGAGAGAUGAGGAAAAGCGUCUGUUAGAGCAAAUUAAAGUGGAGCAGUUGCGAUUGCAGCAGGGGCGAGAGGAGGAAGCGCAGCGGCUAGAAAAUAUUAAAUUGGAGCAGCGGCGAUUGCAGCAAGUGCUUGACGAAGUGAGCGUAGAUUUCAAACGGGUAAAGUUCUCGGAGACAGCAAGUGGGUGUCUCGAGAAUAGUUUUUUUGACGUAAAAGAAGAACAGCGACGAUUGCAAGAGCGACUUAUAAGGCUAGAAAUCGACGUAGAAAACCAUUCUAAGAAAAAAUGUUAUAAAGAGAAUGAGACACAAACCAGCGCACGUCAAGGCUACAAUGAAGAACAGGACUCAAAAAUGCCAAAACUUGCCGAGUUAGUUCAAAAGAGCAUUUGUUGCGAUCGUCUAAAUGACAAUGUUCGUGGUCAAGUAGCCGAGACGGGGAAUGACGUAGAGUGGCAAAAUUAUUUGACUUUGAUAAAAGAGUCAAUCAAGAACAAAAGACAUUUGCCCGAUAAGAAUCGAUGUACACAAUACGCGAGCGGCAGUGAUGAAAAGUUUUCAACUGCUUCGUCAAGGGUCCAAAUGCCUCGAAAUCCAUUUUUUUAUGCGUCAGAUGAAUGGAGGCAAUGUUUUCCAUGGCAACAAAAGUCAUUUUUUGCUCCAGGACCACGCAUGGAAACUCCACCUUCAUCGGUUGGGCAACCAUGGAGAAAAAGUGGUGCUCUACCGUUCACGUCAAGCCAAACGAUACUGGAAGCGGCACAUAAUCGUUAUGGGCAACAUCAGUAUUCAGGACCUAUUCGCACAAUGGGGAAUGACAUUUCGUGUGCGCAGAAUUUGACUAAAACGAACACGACUGCAAAGCUUCCAUACAUUAUACGAAGGUAUUGA